AUGCCUCGCCCCACGUUCUUCGAUCCUUCCGAUCUUCCUACACAGGACCUCUAUUCGCAAGGUGUGCACUUCGAUGGGCCAAACCGCACUGUCAUAGCAGCAGGUCAAGUCGGCAUCCUGCCAAAUGGCUCCAUACCGCAAGAUUCUCGAAAGGAAGUCCAGCAAGCACUCCUCAACGUCGAUAAGGUUCUUCAAGCCGGCGGCGCAACAAUUCGCGACCUGGUCAAGCUGACCAUUCUGGUCGUGGACUUCGACUAUGAAAACGCCAAGAUCUUGGCUGAGCCUAUAGUGGAGUUUCUGCAAACAACGUAUGGAGUCACGGCCCGUCCUACCAUGACGUUGAUUCUGGUUCCGAAACUCGCCGUUCCGCAAGCUCGCUUUGAAGUUGAGGCGACGGCGGUCCUUCCAGGCAAAGCGAAUAUUUGGCGCGAGCCGGAACAGCAGAAGGGAAUACCCGAAGUUUCUGGAUCCCUCCAGUGCGACGUUGUGGUCGUAGGUGCCGGCUUCAGUGGGAUUCAAGCUGCAGCAGACCUUCACGAAGCCGGCUUGAAGGUUCUUGUGCUCGAGGCAAAGUCUCGCAUUGGGGGCAGGCCACUCGGAUGGAUCAACAAGACCACCCAACCCAAGAUCUAUGCGCUCACGCAAAAGUUCGGACUGGAAGUGUAUCGUCAGUACGAGGUCGCUGAUCUCCUGCAGCUUAUCGAGGCUCUGGAAAAAGCACAAAGCGAAAUCGACGGCAACAAUCCAAGCGCCGCAUCAAAGCAUCAUGAUAUUAGCGUCGAGGACUGGUUGCAAACCAAUAACUUCAGCGAAUGGGCCAAACAAACCAUGCGUCACUUCACCGCGGCGAUCGUAGGCCGCGAAAGCCGAGAUCUCGGACUGCAUUACGUCCUUGACUAUAUUAAGUCUGGCAAUGGCUACCUUUCGCUGGCGUCUGAAGGUGAGGACGGGGCACAAUCUUUGAAGGUGAAGCAGGGUACAUCAGCCAUCGCCCACGGUCUGGCCCGGACAUUGCCUCCUGGCUCGGUUUUAUUGAACAGUCCGGUGCAAUCCAUCGUACAGCAUGCCAAGAGACGUGUUAUCGUCGAGACAACAGCCGGCUUGGCUGUGCAGUGUUCCAAGGUGGUCGUUGCGAUUCCAACGCAAACGUACGACAAAAUCCAUUUCACGCCACCGCUUCCUUUGGCAAAAAGAGCCAUUGUGACUCGCACGCAGCCGGCAGUCUACAUCAAGAUCAUCUUGACCUAUGCCAGGCCAUGGUGGCGUGAGUUGGGCCUCGUGGGAUCCUUCUUCAGCGUCAAGGGCCCGAUCAAUUUCAGCUGGGAUACUUCGGACAAAGCUGCCGGGAAGCACUACAGUCUAGCCCUCUUCUCGCAUGGGGACUCGGCCGCGUCGCUCGGUCAGCUUUCGUCAUUGCAGCGGGAGACAGCAGUGUUAGAACACCUGGUGGAGCUCGUGGGCGAGGAGCAUAGAGGUGCCGUGCUGGAUGUGGCCGAGAUCAAUCAGAAAGAGUGGCUAAAGGAGGAGUACAUCGAAGGCGGCCCGACGAGCACCAUGCGGACAGGAGACUAUGCCAAGUACAGUGACGCGUUGAGGGAGGUCUUUGGCCACAUCCACUUCGCGGGCGGAGAGCUGGCGUACGACUGGAAGGGGUACUUGGAGGGGGCGUUGCGAUCCGGGUCGAGGUGUGCUGCUGAGGUCGUGGAAGACGUCAAGAAGGCGCCCGUUCCGUCGCGGCUGUGA